AUGGAUUCUGAAGGAUUUACAUCACGUGCGUGGCUAAGCCAUUGGGUAUCAGGUGAAGAAGAACCCGUAAAUAAUUACUAUGAAGAUCAUAAAUUGAUGGAAGGAGCGCUAAUUAAAUUGGGUGAUUAUGCUCAUUUUCGAUAUUUUCUACUCUUUCGUAAUGGUCGUUUUUGCUAUUAUGAGUUACCAAUGCCUACAGCAGGACCUGGUGGUGGUGGAGGAGGAGGACCUAAUGAAGGAGGAGGAGGAACUACUGGAACAAAACGUGUUCAUUUGACACUUACAUCAAAGAAUUUACGUGGUGUGAUGAUGCUAAAUGCCUCAUUAAAUACGAAAGAUAUAGCCAAGAGUGAAGACGAGUAUGAUGCCGAUCUUCUUAAACGUGGUCUUGUAUUUAAUCGGAAGAAAUUAGAGAUGCAACUUACAGGAUAUUCUCCUACAGGACAACUCAUGUGUUGGAAACUUCGAGCUGGUAAAGAUGCAGUCUAUCUCAAGUGGGAACGUGCAUUUCGAUUAGCAUUGCGUCCUAUUUGGGUACAGAAUUCAAAAUGUUGCAUGGUUUGUAAGAAAGAAUUUAGCUUUUUUAUUCGUCCACAUCAUUGUCGUAAGUGUGGAACGUGUAUGUGUGAUGAAUGCUCGGUAUUUGUUCCACGAUUACCUAUGCAGGGAUAUUAUGACGAAGUUCGAAUUUGUAGGGACUGCUCACCCGUUAAGAUCCAGCGAUCGGCGUUAAAACUGGGCACGUGUGUGUUAGUAUACGGGAUUUUGGUUGGUAGAGUGGUGCAGGUUGAUGCUGCAGAUGACUCAGAGGACGGAAGAGCAUUUGUUAAUGUAGAGCUUGUCAAGAAAGACAACCAGUUGCGACGGUUUCCACUAGAACAUGUGGAGCUCUACUCUGACGUCGUGCUGUCAGCUAACCGCAUUAAGAACGCGAUCCGUCAACACUUGUCGUACACUGUUUUUCGGACACAGCUCAACUUCAAUACAUGGAAUUUGCUGGAAACUGUUGAAGAACAACGCACAGUGCAGAUGGUACGAAUACUUAACAAGUCGGCAAGUAUCAGUGAGUUGCAGUCAAUGGUACCGAUGCUUGGACCAUUGGACAUGAUGCAGUUUCCUGAGAAUGACGUCUCUGAACAAGAUCGUGUGAAGAAGUCUCUUUCGCAUUACCGAGGUGUGCAUGUCUCGUUUCCGUUGCGGCUGGAAACGGUAAAGAGACUGAUUAAUCAGUUCCGCAAUGGUAUUUUGCUCCACCGCGUCUUCGUACGGCAAAUUUUGGACGAGUCGCAAAAACAGUUUCGAACCAUUCACCAGUCACCUAUGAAUGAGAUUGAGAUACCGAUUGGUGUGCAGUUAGUCGUUGUCGGCGAUUUGCAUGGACAAUUAGAGGAUUUGCUGACGAUCUUGGACAAGAACGGUGUACCGAGCAGCAAAACAUGGUAUCUCUUCAAUGGUGACUUUGUGGAUCGCGGAUCGCACGGAAUUGAAGUGAUCUUGCUCUUGCUGAUAUUCAAACUACUGUACCCCAGUUAUGUGUUCUUGAACCGUGGCAAUCACGAAGAACGCAUGAUUAACGAGGUUUUUGGAUUUGAAGAUGAAAUCUAUACAAAGUAUGGUACAGACAGUGAUGGAGUGGCUGGAUGGAGUGGUUUAGGUACUUCUCUCAACUACUCACCCAUGAAGCUCUUUCAGGUGUUUGAGACAGUGUUUGGUUUAUUCCCGAUCUUCGCAUUGCUUAAUAAGCGAAUCUUUAUUGUACAUGGUGGUUUAAGUAAUCAUGAAAACGUUACGAUUGAGGAAUUGCUCCAGCUUGACCACAAGCGUGAGAUUCCUACUCAAGGUACAAGCCGUGCAGACGAAAUCUUUACGCAUUUGUUGUGGAGUGAUCCACGUGACGAAGACGGGUGGAAGCCGUCAAGCCGAGGGGCUGGUGUAGAAUUCGGUCCUGACAUCACAAAAGCGUUUUGCGCACAAAAUAAAAUUAGUCUCAUCAUUCGGUCGCAUGAAUGUCGAGAAGAAGGUUUCGACAUUCUCCACGACGGCUUACUUCUGACUGUUUUCUCAGCAUCAAGCUACUGCGGUUCCCAGACUAACAAAGGUGCCUACGUUCAGCUAGAGUUAGGAGAGGACAACGAUAUUAAGCCACAUGUGGUGCAGUUCUCUUCGCAGCCGCUUCAAAAACUGAAGGACGCCGGAAGAAACGAGUGGCGAAAAAAAGCACAACGAUUGGAGCGAAGAACUCUGAUGUCUCUUGUUGAGAUGAUUUGUGAAAAGAAGAACGGACUGCUAACCGCUUUUAACGAGCUGGACACUACCGGGUCCGGACACGUGACGAAAUUGGAGUGGAAAGCAGUUUUGCAGAAGGUUUUGGGUAUUCCAGCGAACUUUUUGUCGUAUUUUAAUCAACUGGCGGAGGCAAACCAGCAAGGUUGUGUCGACUACCAGAAGUUUCUCAAUCGUUACACUGUUGAGCUGGAUGGUGGCAAUGUGGAGUGGAGGCGUAAUCUGAUCCGUAAGGUUUGGGUAGGGUUCUGUCAAGCACUUCCUCGUCCGUCUGAGACGGAUGCUGAAAAGAUAACAUUGCAAAACAAACUUCAUUUUGCAUUCAAUCUUUUCCAGUCAUCCUCCUCUGGGGCUGCCAAUACGCAACAUGCGCCAAAAUCUGCCUCAACAGCCGAUGAAUCCGGACCAUCUUGUAGUAACUCGUUCCAGGUUGAUAAACUGAAGGAAAACUACGUGCGCAAUGGUCUGGUCACGUACGAGGCAUUUCGAAAUACUAUCCAGGGCAAGUUGCAGCUGAGAGACACACUGUCAGAGCAACAGAUUUUUGAGCUCAUGCAACACCUUGAUCAGAACCACGAUGGCGUGGUCGAUUAUCAAGAGUUUUGCUCGUUCUUUGCCGAGUUUAGCCGGACCGAUUAUUUGCAAGAAAUCUUCGAGGUGGACGACACGAAGGCCAUAUCUCUCCUAAAUCGCUGUGCUACGCUCUUGCAGAACUCAAACAAGUUUGCAUCGCUGCGAGAUGCGUUCGAUGCAUUUGAUCACAGCAAAACGGGUAAAUUGACUGUGGAUGAUAUUCUAAAGGGAACGCAGGAGCUGGGCAUGGUACCGGAACUUGACAACGACGAAGCCCAGCUACUCUUUAACUCGAUUCUACUCAGCUACUACGGCAUUAACGAGCGGCAUCAAUGGAAUACACGGGGAUUAAACUGGAUUGUAUUUGAGGACACGUUUUCACCGGACAGCACGUUUCAGCGACGUCUGUGGUUGGCAAGCCUGAGUGCCUCAAACUCAAACCUGGCCGCUCUAGACGUUCGUGAUUCGUUGUCGGGGGAAGAUGAGACUGUUCAGGAGGGACAGGUUUCGAAGAACCAGACAUGGGCUGACAGUUUUGUUGAUAGCGUCAAGCAGUCACUGCAUGAGCAACGAUUGUAUAUCAAGUUCCUGUUCCGGAUACUGGACCGUAAGAGACAUGGAUAUGUGACCAAGGAUCAGUUUAUUGCUACCAUGCAAGCCAUCAACGAAGAGCAUGGAGCACCAUUGAAACUUCCGCAGCUCGAGCAAUUGGCCGAUGCAUUUGCUUGUCCCAAGACUGCUCGGCAUAUUUCAACUGCAGGUGAAGAGAUAGAAGAGACGCGUACGUAUGUUUCUUAUCCUGACUUUCUUCGUAGUUUGCGCAUCAUUGACUCAGGACCGACAGACGGUAGUGAGAUCACCACACCAGAGGUGCAUGAUACCGUCAAAAAGGUCUUUUUUUUAAAGUCAACUAUGGUUCGUAUGAGUGUACUAGCCGACUGUCUGAAGACAAUGUACAAUGCUGAAAAGCGUGGUAAACGUCAAGUAUUGAUCCGUCCCAGUUCCAAGGUGAUUGUCAAGUUCCUGCAGGUUAUGCAAAAGAAUGGAUACAUUGGUGAAUUCGAGAUUGUAGACGAUCACCGUGCUGGCAAGAUUGUGGUGGAACUCAAGGGCCGAAUCAAUAAAUGUGGCGUCAUUUCGCCGCGUUUUGAUGUAAAGCUGGUGGAGUAUGAAAAGUGGAUUAACAAUCUUCUACCAUCGCGUCAGUUUGGUCACAUUGUUUCAAAUUGGAGACCAGACCAUGAAGAUAAGCCAACAAGAUUGGAGCUGGUAAAUGCAGCUGGGCAAUAUCGAUGGGCUUUCCGAUGGGCUCGACAUUUGAAAGAAGUAGCAAGGUCUGCAAAGUGA